CGGCGGGGAUUUCCAGCGCGAGAGGAAGUGCUGCGAGCGGGAGCGCGAGGGCGCGAGGAGCGCGGGGCGGCGCGGCCGCCGCGUGCGCGAGCCGGUUGCAGCCCAGCAGGGACUUUCCAGCCGGCGGCGGCGGCGGCCGCCGGCCCUUCCCCGCCCCCCGACAUGGGGCUGCCCGGGGAGCAGGACGCUGCGGACCGCGGCGGAGGACGCGCCCGGCGCCCCUGAGCCACGAGCGGCGGCGGACCUCGGGCAGAGUGUCUCUGUCUCACAAUGGAGCCAAGUAAAAAGAUGGACCCUUCCGGCUCGCUGCCCAACCCGUCGCUCAAGCUGCACCCGGACCGCGCGGGCGCCCCCGUGCUCGUCCCCGAGCAAGGAGGGUACAAGGAGAAGUUCGUGAAGACCGUGGAGGACAAGUACAAGUGCGAGAAGUGCCAGCUGGUGCUGUGCAACCCCAAGCAGACCGAGUGUGGGCACCGCUUCUGUGACAGCUGCAUGGCCACCGUGCUGGGCUCCGCCAGCCCGAAAUGCACUGCGUGUCAGGAGAGCAUCGUCAAAGAUAAGGUGUUCAAGGAUAACUGCUGCAAGCGGGAGAUCCUGGCCCUGCAGAUCCACUGCCGGAACGUCGGCCGCGGCUGUGCCGAGCAGUUAGCCCUGGGACAGCUGCUGGUGCACCUGAGGAAUGACUGCCAGUUUGAAGAACUCCCGUGUGUGCGUGCCGACUGCAAAGAAAGGGUCUUGAGGAAAGACCUGCGCGACCACGUGGAAAAGGCCUGUAAAUACCGCGAGGCCACGUGCAGCCACUGCAAAAGCCAAGUCCCGAUGAUCACGCUGCAGAAACACGAAGACACUGACUGUCCCUGCGUGGUGGUGUCCUGCCCGCACAAGUGCAGGGUCCAGACCCUCCUGAGGAGCGAGUUGAGUGCCCACUUGUCAGAGUGUGUCAAUGCCCCCAGCACCUGUAGUUUUAAGCGCUAUGGCUGCGUUUUUCAGGGGACGAACCAGCAGAUCAAGGCGCACGAGGCCAGCUCCGCGGUGCAGCACGUGAACCUGCUGAAGGAGUGGAGCAACUCCCUGGAGAAGAAGGUCUCCCUGCUGCAGAAUGAGAGUGUGGAGAAGAACAAGAGCAUACAGAGCCUGCACAACCAGAUAUGCAGCUUCGAGAUCGAAAUUGAGAGACAAAAGGAAAUGCUGCGAAAUAACGAAUCCAAAAUACUGCACUUACAGCGAGUAAUCGACAGCCAAGCAGAGAAACUGAAAGAGCUGGACAAGGAGAUCCGCCCCUUCCGGCAGAACUGGGAGGAAGCAGACAGCAUGAAGAGCAGCGUGGAGUCCCUGCAGAACCGGGUGACCGAGCUGGAGAGCGUGGACAAAAGCUCAGGGCAGGCGGCCCGCAACACGGGCCUGCUGGAGUCCCAGCUGAGCCGGCACGACCAGAUGCUGAGCGUCCAUGACAUCCGCCUGGCCGACAUGGACCUGCGCUUCCAGGUGCUGGAGACCGCCAGCUACAACGGUGUGCUCAUCUGGAAGAUCCGUGACUACAAGCGGCGGAAGCAGGAGGCCGUCAUGGGGAAGACGCUGUCCCUGUACAGCCAGCCCUUCUACACGGGCUACUUCGGCUACAAGAUGUGCGCCCGGGUCUACCUGAACGGGGACGGCAUGGGCAAGGGCACGCACCUGUCGCUCUUCUUCGUCAUCAUGCGCGGGGAGUACGACGCGCUGCUUCCCUGGCCCUUCAAGCAGAAGGUGACGCUCAUGCUCAUGGACCAGGGCUCCUCGCGGCGCCACUUGGGGGACGCGUUCAAGCCAGACCCCAACAGCAGCAGCUUCAAGAAGCCCAGCGGGGAGAUGAACAUCGCCUCCGGCUGCCCAGUGUUCGUGGCACAGACUGUGCUGGAGAACGGGACGUACAUCAAAGAUGACACCAUUUUUAUUAAAGUCAUAGUGGAUACUUCGGACCUGCCUGACCCCUGACAGCCACAGGGGGCGGAUUGAGCAGAAGGCAACUCCUCGGGGUUGGAAUUGCUGUCUCCACCGGGGUCCUCACGCUCAGCGAGGACCUUGUGGAGCAGGAAGUGCAGGAGGCGGCCGCGGGCCGGCGGGAGGAGCCAGCCGGGGACGCUUUCUAUAGACUAGCAACACUUCACUGAAGAAUUCUUUAUCCUGCGGCGAGGAACACUGCUGUCGGAGAAGGCUCAUUUCCAUUUUAAAGGUCUCAUUCAUUAAGGUGGGAGACACAUAGGCUCCGAAAAGAACCAUGAGUUUUCCUCCUGAAACUUGAACACACACAAGACACACCCACCACAUGCACACACGCCUGGGCUAGCUGGACAUGUCAGCAUGUUAAGUAAAGAAGAGUUUAUGAAAUAAUAAUGCAGUUCUGAUAUAUUCGUUCUAAAGCUCCAGAGUGCAAUCUUGUUUCAAAUACAGCAUAUUGUCUAUUUUUAAGGCCUCACCUGGUCUCUGUUUUAAUAAUUUGUUUGUCAGAAGACCCUGAAGUCACCUCGGUCUUUUCUGGAAGUCUCUAAAUUCAGAAUCAUUUUUUAAUUUAAAGUUCUAAGAUAAUGGUUACUGCAGACAUUUUAUUUUAAAACGUUGAUAGACUUAUAUUUCUUGGAAGAAAAUGUAAACUAUCCAACACUGGUUAUCACUUGUGAUAGGAAAGAGAAUAUUCAAUCUGUGUUAUUUCUCGUUAGAAAUGUAAACCUUCAAUAUCUGUCGUAGUCAAUGACACUACUUCAAAUUAUUACGAAAGGAAAUUGCUCAUGGAUGCUGUGCAUCAUUUCAGAUUUAUAAUUGUUUUCACCCUAAAAUAGGGCAUUAGUUGAACUUCGGAGUUCUGAACAAAGUCCUGCAGGCUUUAAAUCGUGCCCACGAGUUCCGACGGUCUCGAUCGCCGACAGCGCCGGGUGGGCGGGUGACGUGUGCUGCAGGUGGCCACGGCAGGUGUCCCUCCAUUCUGUCAUACUGCUGCAUUCUGUUCCGACCUCCGGAAGCGACAUCUUUGCGUAGAGGUGGCGGCAUCCUGUACCUGUGCCUUACCGUUGCACGCUGCUUCCCGACCCAGGCUCUGUGUGCUCUGAUUCUAGGGAGUGACCGUGCGGCCAGCCUCCACGACCACGAGCUCUGUCUCACCGGCCAGGCAGCUCUGCCCCUGCUGGGGGGAGCCAGCUCCACCUCGGCUUUGGGGGCCCCACUGCUCAGUUACCCCUGAUUAUCACAGACCCUAAAUCUCUAGGCCCAAAGGUGAGCCACCUGGUCUGGGCACAGGCGUGGGCCCUCGAGCAUUCCAGAGACCGCCGCUCUGGGGCCUGCCAGGCCGACCCCCGGCCUCCGGGACCACCGCCCUCGGGAGGGUGGCCUGGGGGCCCCUGGGCCCAGCCUGCGCCCGCCCCACCGGCCUUUUCUCAACUCACUGUUUACCUUCUCUCAAUGGUCCAACUGUGAUUAGAAGCCGCGCCCUGCCUCCCCUCCGCUAUGCAGCACGCUCCACGGGUGCUAACCGACGGGUGCUACACGUGACGGGUGCUUCCCAGGCCCAGCCAGCGACCCACCGCCUGCGGCCGCUUCUCCGAACGCCCCCCCCCGCCCCCCCCACGACCGGCCGGCGCUCAGACUGCCUGCCCGGCUCCACGGCUGCGGGCGGCUGGGCUGGGGCCGGGCCGCGUGUCUCUGGUGCUGCGUCCGCUGGGUGUGCCUUCGCCGUGCCUGCUGGAAGCGCCCCCCCCACGUGCCGCGUCCGUAAGUGACCUCUUGGGCUCCGAGCACCUGCCAGGCCCCAGUUCCAAUGCUCAGUCUCGUCUUCUCCCUCCUCCCAGGACGCCGUGAGGUGAGGCGUCCCCACUCCCAGAGGAAGGACCUCCUGCGGGGCCUCAGGCGGCUGCAGGCCAGGGGUUACCAGCGGGACCCCUGCCACUUCCACUUUACUAACAAAUUGAGAAUAAGCACCACCUUGGUCCGGCCAGAAAGAAAAACAAAGCCAUCCUCUUCCCUCCUCCCGGGGGGAGAGCUGUGGGGUGGCUGCUGGGAAGCAUCGCCCGGUGGGGGACCUGCCGGGGGGGGGGGGGGGGCGUGUGCCCGGGCCCCCACCUCCAAGGAGCCCAGAGGACGUGGCGGGAGCGUCGUUCUGUGGCACUGGGGGUGGGGGCCUGUGGCCACUGCUGUGUGCCAUCUCCCCUGCGUAUGCUGGGGGCUGCCGCCGGGCUCUGCUCCUCGCGGCCCUGCCCCUUCCUGGCGACAAGAGGGCGUCAGACACGCUGUGACGGGUGCGCUUUCCCCUCGACUAAGUGCAGGUUUCCCACGGACAGUCCCGUACCUCAGAGAAGCCCACGCUCUCGGCUUCCCUGCAGCCUCGUCCCGUCCCGCGCAGGCCGCCGUGUGGGGCCUGGGGCCCGGUGUCCCUGAGGGUCUGUCCGGCUGGAGCCCCCUUGCCUGGGCCUUUUUUAUGAGCAGGUUUUCCCAUUUCCAGAGGCCACAGUGACAGCAGAGCCUGGGUGGAAGUUCUCAGACCUGUCGGAGGAGAGGGUAGCGCCAACCCCGGGCGCAGCUCGGUGUGCGUUCACCACCGAGGACCCGAGGGGCAUCGUGGGGGCAUCAUGACGGCUGCUGUCAGGGCCCCAGGGCCCAGCUCCGCGGCCCCCCAUGUGGGAACAGCUGGGAGCACGGGGAGCUCUUGGCCCCGCGGCUCCUUCCUGCCCUGUGACCUCAGGGCUGUGGUGGGAAAGCUGCCUCCCCGCGUUCCCCCCGCCCCAGGCCCUUCCGCUGCCCCGAGCCCCUGUCACAUCAGAGCGAACGCCCCAAGGCUUCCCUGAACCUGUGGCCCCCUUGGGACCACAGGGAACACCUGCCUGUCUCCAGGGUCCUCAGCUGCCCGGGGUCGGGGCCCAUGUCCCAUCAGCAGCAGCGCCCGCUCAUUCUGGGCGGUGUCGGGUCCCCCAUGGCCGGCCCAGCAACCUGUAGCCGAGGGGCAUUGUCGGCAGAAGGGUCUGGACAGACCCUUAAACAGCUGAGUCCCCAGGUGGGUCAUUCCAUGGUCCGGUCAGAGGAUGUGGGGAGAUAGGCAGGACCCCCCCUCGCACCCCGGGGUCCAGGCCCACAGCCCCUCCAGCAACACACGGAGUGAGGCCCGCGCUGUUCUGUGCCCGUCACAGACGGUCCAGCCCCGGCACCUCUGCUGUCGCCCCAGGGCGGGCUGGACAGGAGCUCCAGCCUUGCCCCAAAGCGCCCCUCUGUGCUGAGCGGGCUGGGCAGAGCUGACCUUUAUGGGGCUGCAGCGGUGAGCGGGUUCCAGGGGCCUGUCCACAUGUGUGAGCGCUGGUGACGGGGGUCUGCCACCCAAAGCCACUUCUCAGCCACGACCACGGCUCUGUCUUCUGUCGGCCCAUCUGGUAGUUGUGGUUUCUCCGAAGUGGAAUGUGGCUGCCAGGCCCAGGCCGAGGAGGCCGGUGGAGGUGCCAGGGUGGGCAGGUGACCUGUCGCUCCUGUCUGUCCGGGCAGUGCUGGUUGUCACCUGGGAGCCCGGCCGGGGGGGGGGGGGGGGGGGGAGGCAGGGCCCAGAGGCAUCCUGGGGGGCGCUGAGCUGUGCUUGCAUUUCAUUCUCCGCUGCCGCCGUGCCCAUGUCUUAUGAACUCGCACAGGGACAAGGCGGGCGUCCGGCUGCACGGCCCCUGCUGCCGCGGUCGGCGGUUUAUAGCUCAGUCCCCGCAGACAAGCAAGAUGACCUUCACAGCAAGCGCGACGCCCCCGUUGGUAAACACAGCAGCGCACGAUUCCCAAGGUUCCCCUGCGAGCUCUCUGUGGGCGCAUCUCUGACCAAGGGAGCGUGCAAGCCCACGCGCACGGGCGGGAGGCGCUUUUAGUCACGUCCUUUCUCCGGUGGCUCACUCUUCAGUUCUUGCCCCAAAGACCAAAGAAGGCCCGUCUCUUACUUGUUUAAUCUGCCUGUUUUACAAACCGCCGUCCGGUGACGCGCUGAGGGCCGUCCUGACUGCACGUGAGUGUGGCGACCAGUGGUUCACGUCCGUGUGUUCCUGCUCUUCUAAGAAAACAACAACAAAGGACCGUGUGGGUUAUUGCUCAGCAAUAAUCAUAUGAGUUCGUACCAUGCCUGGUUUUCUCAUAGCAUUAUCAUGUUUUCUAUUUUUGUUUACUGUAUAUUGUGUGUGGUUUUAUUUGGUAUUUAUUUGUGUUUGGAGGUCUUGCAAUGUCUUUGUGUUCCUGAUGCUAAUACUGAAGUUUGUACGAGUAUAGAAUGCAAACCUGAAAUGCUAAACUGUCAUUAGAGGCAAAUAAACCUGACGAAGGA